UGUGUAUCUUGAAUUUUGUUGUUGUUAAUAGUUUUAAAUAUGAGACUUUUUAAACAUUUACCAUUUAUGUUACGCAUGAACAAAUGGAAAUUGUUCCCGUCCUUAACAACACCUAGAUCCUCAAUCCGUGCAUUAACUUGUGACAGUAAAACACGCGGAGAUGCCAAAAUAAGCAAGGGUAUUUCAAAAGCCUACCCGGUCGUAGAUCAUGCAUUUGAUGCUGUUAUCGUUGGCGCUGGUGGUUCCGCUUUACGUGCCGCAACCACUCUAGUCGAGUUGGGGUUUAAAACCGCCGUUGUUAGUAAAAUUUUCCCAACACGAUCGCACACCAUCGCUGCGCAGGGUGGUGUAAAUGCCGCUCUAGGCAACCAAAUGGAAGAUGAUUGGCGUUGGCAUUUCUAUGACACAGUUAAAGGGUCAGACUGGUUAGGCGACCAAGAUGCUGCACAUUAUAUGACGCGAGAAGCACCACGCGCCAUUUUAGAACUUGAAAAUGAUGGUUUACCCUUUUCGCGCACUGCGGAUGGUAAAAUAUAUCAGCGACCAUUUGGAGGGCAUACCACAAAUUUCGGUAAAGGACGUGCAAGACGUGCUUGUGCAUGUGCUGAUCGUAUAGGACAUGCCAUCUUGCAUACGCUUUAUGGCAAAUCACUCGCUUACAAUAUUAAAUACUUUAUUGAGUUUUAUGUAUUGGACUUGAUUUUUGACAAUUAUGCCUGUUGUGGUGUAAUUGCCAUUUGUUUAGAAGAUGGGACAUUGCAUCGUUUUCGAGCACUUAAUACUAUAAUAGCAACAGGUGGCUAUGGACGAGCGUAUUUUUCCUGUACUUCCGCCCACACCAAUACUGGCGACGGAAACGGAAUGGUCGCUCGACAAGGUCUGCCACUACAGGAUAUGGAAUUCAUACAAUUUCAUCCAACGGGUAUGUAUGGUCCCGGUGUGCUUGUCACUGAAGGUUGUCGCGGUGAAGGGGGUUACUUAGUAAAUGGAAAGGGUGAACGAUUUAUGGAAAAGUAUGCACCGAAAGCAAAAGAUUUAGCACCACGUGAUAUGGUGGCUCGUUCAAUGACUAUAGAAAUAAUGGAGGGACGUGGUGUAGGACCCGACAAAGAUCAUAUUUUCUUGCAAUUACAUCAUUUACCACGAGAAAAAUUACUCACGCGUCUGCCUGGAAUUUUAGAGACGGUAAAAAUUUUUCUUGGAAUAGAUGCGACUAAAGAAUCUAUACCAGUAAUACCUACCGCACAUUACAACAUGGGUGGUAUACCAACGAACUAUCGUGGACAAGUAUUAACGAUUGAUAUGGAUGGUAAUGAUCGUUGUGUGGCUGGCUUGUAUGCUUGUGGCGAAGUUUCAUGUAAUGUACAUGGCGCAAAUCGUUUAGGAGCUAACUCACUGUUAGAUCUCUUAGUUUUCGGGCGCUCUUGCGCUUUACAUAUUUCCGAAAACUACCGAGCCGGCUGUCCGGCACCGAAUCUGAAGGAUAAUGCAGGCGAAAUGUCUGUGGCAAACUUAGACAAAUUGCUUCAUGCGAAUGGCAGUAUUACCACAGCCACAUUACGCCAUGAAAUGCAAAAGGCAAUGCACCAGCAUGCAGGUGUUUUUCGAAUUGGACCUAACCUGCAGGAAGGUGUAAAGAAAUUAACUAAAAUCUAUAACGAUUUUAAAGAUGUGCGCACUGUAGACAGAUCCUUAAUUUGGAAUUCCAACCUAAUUGAGACACUGGAGCUCCAAAAUUUGUUGGUGAAUGCUAUGUGUACAAUGGUGGCUGCUGAAAACCGCAAGGAGUCUCGAGGAUCUCAUAUGCGUGAGGACUUUAGAGAACGUAUCGAUGAAUAUGACUACAGCGAGGCCAUUGAAUGUCAAGAGAAGUGCUCGUUCGACGAACAUUGGCGCAAACACACACUUACCUGGAUUUGUGGCGAUACGGGCGAAGUUAGAAUUAAAUAUCGUGCCGUUAUUGAUACACCCUUAGAUGAUAGUGUGGAACAUGUUCCGCCCGCUAUACGUUCAUAUUGAAUGCUGAUUAA